UUUACAAUUAUUAAUUUGUAAGUUUUAAAACAUUUUAUCAUUAAAAUUCUAUUAUUUGCAAAUGUUCUCAUACAAAUUACCUCCUGAUUAAUAAUCCUACAGACACAAAUUCAAGACACUGAUUCAAGUAGCCAGUGAUAAAGUGGAACGUCAUGGCUGAUUUGGCGCCAUUAUCAACCGUUCGACCUAGAGACCUAGAACGAAGUAAAAUCGCCUCAGUCUUAUACCGACCGCCGAGAGGUGCGGAUUAACCAAUCAAAGAUACAUAUACUUCCAAUUUAUAUCACUGGAUCCCUUAUGUCCCUGCAUUUCUUAUAUCCCCGCAUUCCUUACAUGUCUGCUUUCUUUAUAUCCCUGCAUUUCAUCCAUUAUAUUGCAUCCAUUAUAUCCUUGCUUCUUUUAUAUCCCCGCAUUCUAUACAUCCCUUAGAUCUUUGCAUCCCUUACAUCUCUGCAAUCCAGAUAUCAUUGCAUUGCUCUCCCUGGGAGCAAAAAAAGGAAUUAAAUUUUUCAUAAAUUUUGGCCUUCUAGCGGCAAAAGUUUCGAAUAAAAUUGAAACGCUGAAUCAGCGCCCUCUGACGGUAAAAAGGGAACUAAAUGGUGCAUAAAUUUUGGCCCUCUGGCGGCAAAAAUUUAAACUAAAAUUGAGGCAUCGAAUCACUGCUGACAUAACAAAUGGUUACGACAAAUUCAGUUGACAACUGAAUUUGUUGCGUAAUUUAAUUUGUUAUGGUGUAUAAAUCGUAGUUUUUAUAUUUUUAUUCGUUAAUUAAUGAUUUUGAUCUAUUUUAGUUAGAAAUUUGUUAAUUUAGAUAAUCUUUGAACAAGUGAGUGGCAAAUUUUCUAACUACGAGGCAGUAAUGCAAAUUGACAUAUAUGUGUAGUAUGCAUGUACGCAUAUGUGGAUAAAUAUGUUACAUAUAAUUGUAACCUAGAUUAAAUCAUUGAUUAAUCAUUAUAAUUUGUUGUAUAAGUGUAACAUAUUAUUAUUGUUUUAUCCAACUGAAUGCAAGAGAUAUAAUUAUGAUUGUAUGAGAUUGUAUGGUGACAUACAUUUGUUUAUGUUUAAAUACAAGAAGUACAUAUACACAAGUGAAAGAUGCCAGGAGAACCAUCUGUGACUACUGGAAACAAGAGCGCUGGAAAAAUUAAACGUAUUUCCAUUCCAAGAGUACAAAGUAGCACAGAUACAGAAUUGCAAUCACAAAGUGGAUCUACUCCAUUGCAACCAAACGCACAGCAUUAUGCAGCUUUCCGUACAGAUCUUGAUGACAGUAUAUUACCACCAGCUUUGCGAUGUCGAUUGUUUGACUUAUUUCAGCAGAUAGAGAAAGAAUUUGAAGCUCUCUAUACUGAAAAUUUAGGAUUGCACGAGAAAAUAGACACUCUUAAUGAGAGACUUGAAAGAGAAUGUUAUGGUUCUGGGGAACGAAGCUUACCUGUUGGAGAUGUUGCAGAUUUUCCAGAUACAAAAAUCUUUUCCAAACAGAAAUCUAUGGCAGGGAAUACAGCACCAAAGACAAAAACAACUUCUAAUAAGUUGAAAGCUCAAACCAGUAAAAUAGUUUCCAGCUUUAAAACACCAACAAUGACUUGUAGCAUGCAAAGAGAAUAUUCUGGGCACCGAGACGGUGUUUGGGAAGUUACUGUUGGAAGAUCGGGUCAAAUUAUUGCAACAGCUUCUGCUGAUCACAGUGCCAGGGUUUGGGGUGUGGAUAGCGGUCGUUGUCUUUUACAAUAUAUUGGUCAUUCUGGUUCUGUUAACUCCGUGCGUUUUCAUCCGACAAAGGAAUUGGCACUUACAUCCAGCGGAGAUAAUUCCGCUCAUGUGUGGCAAGCUGCCGUUGAUUGGGACUUUCCUAAACGACAGAAUUCAUCCGAAGAUCUUUCAGGAUUGAAUACUGACAGAAAUCUUAGUAGUGCAAUCACCACAAAUGAAGAACAGGAAGAACCACCCACUCUGAGAACUCCGGUACGAGAAUUAUUAGGUCACAUAGGUGUCGUAAUGGCAGCAGAUUGGUUACCCGACGCGGAACAAGUGGUGACUGCUUCUUGGGACAGAACCGCAAAUUUGUAUGAUGUAGAAACUGGAGAGAUUAUUCAUACGUUGUGCGGACAUGAUCAAGAACUUUCUCACGUUUCAACUCAUCAUACUCAAAGACUUUGUGUUACUUCGAGCAAAGAUAGUACUUUCCGCUUGUGGGAUUUCAGAGAACCUAUUCACUCGGUUUCUGUUUUCCAAGCACAUACCGAGACGGUAACAUCAGCUGUUUUUACGCGCGAAGAUAAAAUCGUCUCAGGAUCGGAUGAUCGAAGUGUAAAGAUAUGGGAAUUACGAAAUAUACGAAGUCCUUUGGCUACAAUUAGAGGUGAUAGCGCUGCUAAUCGACUAGCAGUCUCAAGCACUGGCAUUGUGGCAAUUCCACAUGAUAAUAGACAAAUUAGAUUGUUUGACCUUAGCGGUCAACGGUUAGCUAGAUUACCUAGAACAAGUAGACAGGGUCACCGGCGAAUGGUUUCAUCGGUGGCUUGGGCAGAAGACAGUGGAGUCUGUAACUUGUUCUCUUCAGGUUUUGAUAGAUUAAUCCUUGGAUGGAGUAUUGUACCUCUUAAAGAAUGUUAAAUAUAUAUUACAAAUAUAAUGUAUUUAUUUAGUUUAA